GCUUCUUAAUGAUCUACUUGAUGCCCAUUAGAUACAUUAUUGCUGGACGGCUACAAUGUAUCCCGUUUUCGUGGAUUAGUUACAAGUGUGUUUUCUCGAACCGCUUGCUCGCCAUGGUAAACUAUUUAGGAGAACUUCAAGACACAGAAAGAGUUCCAAAAAAUAUAUAGGCUACAACACAUCUGUGCUUGUUUUCUCUCUCUCAGUCGUUUGUACCAUUUAGGGCAGUGACCAGGGGGGUUGCAGGAGCAAACUGCGUCUUUUUAUCCGAAAGUUCUAAUGAUUACGCAAGUGAAGGGAAUUGCCGGCACGAAUUGGACAACGGAUUGCUGUAACAGGGCCAACGGUGAAUGUUUUUUUUUACCUCUACACACAGAGUCGACGAAUAAGUUGAAUUGUACUGCCAACAAUGAAGGUGGAAUUACCUAAAUCUGCAACAUGGCUGCUACGGGGAUGCUAGUGGGAAAAGUUUAGAGUACUGACGUGGGAAAAGUUGUCUACUAAUCCAGUACAGUACAGCAGGAAUUGUUGGAUAAAGAACAUUUAAAAAAAUUCUUCGUCGCCUCGGAUUGAACAACGCACAUUAACACUGUGGGUUGCCCGAGUAAGAGCGGAGGAGUGCAAGACUACUUUCUUCUUCAAAUGAUUGUAGUCAUCACCAAGCAAUCGCGUAGACUUUCUCUUCCAAGAUUUUUUUUCUUCUUUUUUCUUCAUCUUAAAUAGUGCAUCUCUCGUCCAGUGGGCCAUCUGAAAUCUAAAAUGCAUUUCUCCAUUCCCGAAACGGAGGUUCGUUCGGGAGAACAUGGAUCAAAAUAUGUGGCCUACAACAUCCAUGUGAACGGGGUUCUCCACUGUCGGGUUCGCUACAGUCAGCUCCUGGGACUACACGAACAGAUAAAGAAGGAGUAUGGCAACAACUUGGUACCUGCUUUCCCCCCAAAGAAGAUCUUUACUCUGACACCGACUGAUGUGGAGCAGAGACGUGAACUGUUGGAGAAAUACAUGCAAGCUGUGCGGCAGGACCCCAUGCUCGGCGCCUCCGAGAUGUUCAACAGCUUUCUAAGGAAAGCCCAGCAGGAGACCCAGCAGAUCCCAACCGAAGAGGUUCCUCUGGAGAUCUACCUGUCUAACGGCCAGAAGGUCGAGGUCAACAUCCUGACCUCAGACCAGACAGAGGACGUCCUCGAGGCUGUUGCGUCAAAACUGGACCUUCCUGAUGAGCUGGUUGGUUAUUUCAGUCUCUUCCUGGUUCGAGAAGGAGUGGACGGGGGAUUAACGUGUAAGCAUUCACAGGUCCCGGUAGUGAACGGCUCAUCCUCCCCAACCCCGGCCCCCUGCUCCUCAGCCAAGUGUGAGGUGAAGUUGGAGCUGGCCUUCGAGUAUCUGAUGAGCAAAGAUCGUCUCCAGUGGGUCACCAUCACUAGCCCACAGGCAAUCAUGAUGAGCAUCUGUCUUCAGUCGAUGGUUGAUGAGCUGAUGGUGAAGAAGUCAGGGGGCAGCAUCAAGAAGAUGCUAAGGAAACGUCACAAUGGCUCCCUACAUCGGUCUGAAAGUCAGCAAGCUGUGAAAUCCCCCCCUCUACUGGACUCUCCUGACCCAAACCGAGACCAGAUUGUCAAACUCUCAACUAAGCUGAGCUCUGUGUCUCUCAGAGGGAUCAGCGCCUCCAACUCAGCCAAUGACAUCAGCGGCAACGAUUUCCAUGGCAACUAUGCCUUCGAGGGGAUCGGGGAUGAUGAUCUGUAAUAUCCCACCCCCCCCACCCCACACCUCCACCUGUCGAACGCAACCUGCAUAGAUUCCAAGCUGAGCGGAUUGUCUGAUUCUGUAAGAUUGUAGCCCUUCCUGGGAGUCUGCUGCCUGCCUUAAGAUCAGUCUUGUCGUAUCAGCUUCACAAAGAUUGCCAUCUAUCUCAUGUGUUUCAGGUACAGAAUGACUGACUACCCACUGCCCUCCUGUUUUACAAUCCUAUCCCCCCCGUAUUCAACUUAAUAAAAUAUCAAGAACAUAUAGAACUAAAAUUACAGUCUGCAGUCUAAUCCACGGGGGUCAUGCUGCCCACGGGGGUCAUGCUGUGAAACACUCUCAAUUGACGUUGAAAUGACUAAAACCAAGUGGAAGCUGUGAUAAUGGACCCAAAUCUAUAGUCUCGUCACUCUGUCCAGCUAGAUAAGUCAUGUAUAGUCUCUUCACUCUGUCCAGCUAGAUAAGUCAUGUAUAGUCUCUUCACUCUGUCCAGCUAGAUAA